AUGCAGUUGCUCACUCUCGUUCAAUCGUCACCUUUCGCUCCUUCCGCCAGCGACGGACACCCAAACUGGCUCGACUCUACUGACAGCCCCACUUUCGACUGGUGGCCUGAUGUCGCCCGUCAGAUCAAAAGCACAAACUUCAUCGAAUAUCACGCCAUUCGCGUUUUCAUAAACUCUCGCAAUCUUAACCAGCGAGCGCGUUCAUCCGACGUCUCCACCACGUCGGGGCCUGGUUUCCGGCGUGUUUAUGUCGCGGGCCAUCCCAUUGAAGGCGGCGACGUCUGUGCCAAGUUGAACAACUUUGCAGACGGUCUUCUGCGUGAAGGCGACUUUAUAUCCAUGUGGAUGGGCCGCCGCUCUGGCCCUCGGCGCGAGUGGAUAGAGCGCGUUGGGCAGGUGGUUCGCUUCCGGGUCCUCUGGCAAACCCAUAUCACGGCCGAGGUCCACGCUUCACACGGCAGUCGACACUUCACGGUGUUCCUCACCUUCCGCAUUUGCGACAUCUUGCCGCCGUCUGCCAUUGCUUCUUCGGCAUGGAAGCGGGCUGCAGCCGCCUGCGAGCAAUACAUCGAACGACCUUGCGGCUUCCAGCAUACCCCGCUUCCUCCUCCUCCCCCACAAGCCCCACAGCCGGCCGUACCCUCUGUCCCCGAUGAUAUGUUUGUUCUCGCAGGAGACCUCUUUGACAUGGAAGCGUUUGGUGUUGCGCCUGCGUCUCUGCCACUCUAA